AUGACUAGCACUCCGCUGAGCAAGAAACUGGGAUCGUACCAGGCGUUCACAUAUCUCGCUCAGAAGUACAAGUCGCCCGUGAUGGGCCUUCGUCUGAGCGGUGACCUAACCGUCAUCGUCUCCACCAGAAGCCUCAUACGAGAGGUGCUGACGCGACCAGAGUUUGAAGGACGGCCCCAGAACUUCUUCGCGUACCUGCGCAGUCUGGGUCUGAGAAAGGUGCCAGUAGGGCUGCAACUGGAACAAGAAAUGGAGUUGCUGAUGGAUAUGUGUGUCGGUUGCACAAGUGUAUCAGUGGUGGACGGCAAGCUGUGGCAGGAGCAACGCGCCUUCGUGAUGCGUCAGCUGCGCUCACUGGGCGUCAGUGGGGCUGCCAUGCAGGCUCAGGUGGGGAAGGAGGUGCGUGCCCUGCUGGAAGUACUGAACAACAACCGUGGAAGGCCAACACAGCCAAUAAGCUGUUGGCGCCCUCCGUGCUCAACAUCAUCCUCCAAUUCUGUGCUGAUACGUCAGGAACGCUCCGUUCUGGAGGUGGCGGCGUCCGCGGACAGAAUGGACAGCGACCAGGCCUCGUCGGCCGCACCAGAGCCGCACCGUGAACCCACACCACCGGCCGCGCCCCUCGGCACCCGUUUCCGGAGUCUCGUGAUUGGCCCGCCUGCAAAAGAGGACAGCGGUCAAACACAGUCGUUUUUUAAGAAAAACCAGCUCCUCAUUUUGUGUUACGACAUGUUUACUGCUGGUGCAGAAACGACAAGCAACUCUCUUCGAUUUGCUUUCCUUAUGAUGUUACGGCAUCCUGACGUCCAGGAACGAGUGCACAAAGAGAUAAAAGAAGCAAAUACAGUUGUCCUGGUAAAUAUCUGGGCGCUGCAUAUGGAUAACCACUGGGGUGAUCCCGAAGUGUAACGACCAGAGCGUUUUAUUACUGAAGCUGGGAAGUUUAGAGACGAUGAUGCGUUCUUACCAUUUGGUCUUGGUCGUCGUCGAUGUUUGGGAGAGCAUUUGACGGGCAGUCGGUCCCUGGACGCGGCGUCAGUUCACUGCUCGUCGGACCAGCGGCCAGCGAUGGGAAGAUACGACAUGCUUUCUCUGGUGCUGCCCCUGCUGCUCGCCGCAGUCGCCCUGGCCGUGUGGCUGUGGGGGCAGCUGAGGCGCCCUCCGGGAUUCCCGCCAGGUCCGACUUGGCUUCCCUUGGUGGGCAACUACCAGGACAUGUGCCGGCUGAGCGAGAAGCUGGGAUCGCAGCACGAGGCGUUCACGUACUUAGCCCAGAAGUACGGAUCACCCGUGAUUGGUUUACAUCUGGGCGGCGAGCUGACCGUCAUCGUCUCCACCAGGAGCCUCACACGCGAGGUGCUCACGCGACCCGAAUUUGAAGGACGGCCUCAGAACUUCUUCGUGCGCCUCCGCAGCCUGGGGCUGGGGAAAGGAGUAACGUUGGUGGAUGGCAAGUUGUGGCAGGAGCAGCGCGCCUUCGUGAUGCGCCACUUGCGCUCUCUGGGCUUCAGUGGGGCUGCUAUGCAGGCGUUGGUGGGUGAGGAGGUGCGCGCCCUGCUGGAAGAACUGAGUGACAGCCGUGAGAGACCGACACAGCUCAAGCAGCUGCUGGGGCCCUCCGUGCUCAACGUCAUUUUCCACUUCUGCGCUGGCUACCGCUUCCCGCGCGGCGACCAGCUGGUGCAGACGCUGAUGGACCUGCAGGACGUGCGUUCGCGCGCCUUCGACAUGACUGGAGGCAAACUCAGCACCAUGCCGUGGCUGCGCUUCAUCCAGCCCGAGGCAACGGGCUACAACGCGAUCACCAAGUUCAACGAGAUAACAAGCGCCUUCUGUAUGAAACUUAUUGAAGACCACAAGGCCACAUAUGUUCCAGGGAAGAAGAGGGAUCUCAUAGAUGCAUAUUUGUGUGAAAUUGCAAAAGCUGAAGAAGCCCAAAUUAAUAACAGAACAUUUAUGGAGGAUCAGCUUCUCAGUGUGUUAUACGACAUGACUGUUGCUGGCUUGGAAGAAACAAGCAACGCUCUUCGAUUUUCAUUUCUUAUGAUGUUACGGCAUCCCGAUGUCCAGGGACGAGUGUACAAUGAGAUAAAAGAAGCAGUUGGUACUGACAGAUUUCCAACACUCGAGGACAAAGACAGGUUGGUCUACACUAUGGCUGCCCUAAUGGAGUCAAUGAGAAUGUGUUACGUGUUACCAAUACGUGGAUUUCGGCGGUUACUCGAAGACACCACGCUACACGGCUAUAGACUGCCAGUGAAUACAACUGUGCUGGUAAACAACUGGUCGCUGCAGAUGGAUAAAGAACACUGGGGUGAUCCUGAAGUUUAUCGACCAGAGCGUUUCAUUAGUGAAACUGGAUUACUUAGAGAGGAUGACACACUCUUGCCUUUUGGUCUUGGUCGACGUCGGUGUUUGGGGGAGCAGUUUUCAAAAAGCUUUUUAUUCCAAUUUUUUGCUGGAAUAUUGCAAAAAUUUCAACUUGUUCCUGCUGAUGGUACUGACCUGAAGCCUACUGCUUUUGGGGGCUUUAAUCUUGCACCAAAAACUUAUGACAUUAUUUUCAAAUCUCGAUAA